AUGUCAUCUGCAAUAGUUGUUGCAACUAUCGCACUACAGGGAGCAGCUGUAGGAGUGUCAUUUGAGCUGGCCUUACGCUCCGUAUUCCAAGUGAAUGAUAAGGUUGCUCAAGUCAGAAUUGGCAAAUUUUUUCUCGGCUUUUUUAUGGCUAUCAAAUCAAUUUUAUUCUUAUCAUUCCAUUCAAGGUAA